UUCAUAAAACUAAGGAUAUAAAAGCUGGUCGGACCAACGAAAUUCAUUCAAUCACAUUACAGUGAAUGACCAGAGCAGUCCAGGAAUAAAACCGCCAUGUUUCUCUACUGUCUGUUCGCUGUCGGAUUUGUUGCCUUCGUUCAAGCUGGAUUACCAGAGGCCGGUGGAUUCCGAUAUUCGGUAAACGAUUUCAACGGUAACGAACAUUCGCACCAGCAGAAUCGUGGACCAGGGAACGCCGUUAACGGCCAGUACAAGGUCCUCUUACCUGACGGCCGUCUGCAGACAGUCACCUACAUUGCGGAUGCGGCUGGUUAUCGCGCCAAAGUCGACUACACACCUGCUGCACCUGGAGAAGCAACGACUGCUGGCAAAGGAUUGCCUCCCCCAGCCACUUCGAGAUUGUCUAAUGUCGCCGGAAAUGGAUACGGUGUUGCAUCAGCAUUCGGUGGAGGUGCGUUUGGUGCUGGAUCUUACGGAGCUGGUGCUAUCGGUGGUGGUUUUGGAGCCGGAGCAUUUGGGCAUGGAGGAUUCGGAGCUGCUGGAGCAUUUGGAUCUGGAAUCGGUGGCUUUGGUUCAGGAUAUGGCAACAACUACGGUGCAGGUGGAAUGGCUGGCGGAUAUGGCAUGGGUGUUGGAGGAUAUGGUGCUGGAGGAUUCGGUGCUGCUGGAUUUGGUGCUGGAGGAUUCGGUGCUGCUGGACAUGGUGCUGGAGGUUACGGAGCUGGUGGACACGGUGCUGGAUACGGUGCUGGAAAUUACGCGGCUGGAGGUCUAGGUGGUGCUUACGGUGGCAGUAGCUAUGGAGCUGGUGGAAGCUAUGGAUAUUCGUCUCCGAUUUACGGAGCUCUAGGUUACAACCCGAUUGGAUAUUCAAGCGCUUCGCCAUCCGGAUACUCGUACGGUUAUUCUACGCCUCAUUCACAAGUGUAUUCCUACAGCAAUAUCUUGGGUGGUAUGGGUUACUAGAAUUCAUCAUGAAAUCUCUAAAAAUGCCAUCGACGAAAACAAAGAAAUAUUCGUAAGGAGUGUGGCAACUUUGGAUGCAUCUCUACUUUUAGCCAAUGUAUAAAGCGCAUACUGUAUAAAUGCCGAUAUAACAAUCUGGAAAAACUCUUCAGCAAGCUGAAUAAAAAAAAACCUUUUAAUUGCAA